AUGGAUCGGCUCUUAAAGCACAGUUUCCAAGUGGGCGUUUCCCGAAGCUGGCGAUCAGUUGUAUGGAACAAGGAGCUGCUGCAAUGCCCCAGAUAUGACGGUGGUGGUGCACUGUCAACGUCUUCCAGCCAGUUAACAGGACACGCUAUCAAGCAAACAUCCUCCAUGCUGGGGACUGAUUGGGAAAGGGUUCUUGCAGAGAAGCUGCUAACAACCGAUACUGGUGCACUAGAUAGUCGAUCGAGACCCGGCUCUACCGUGAGAAACGAUGAUCACCCGAAGUACUUCUGCCGUUGUGUUGAGAUAGCAAAGGAUCUGGAUCUUGAGGUCCUUAAGUAUAAAGAGAGGAGGGAGAAAGGAAAGGGACUGGACUUUUUGACAACUGGGGACGUCCCAGGUUUCCAGCCUGCCUGCUAG